GAAAACGAGUGAAUGCUAAACUAAGCCGUGUUCAUCCUAGUGCAGUUCGUCCUUAACAAUGUGCAUAGUUGCUUUCAAUUUUGGUAACAACAGCACUCAGUUUUAUCGUUUUACAAGGCUCCGGACACCAGAAAUUUGUCACUCCAUACAUUAUGCGUAGUUUCAAAUCCCCAGACAUGUGAACAGUUAAACGUGGCGGCCGUCUCAGCAAAAACUGCAUCGAAUUAAGAGGGAAUCAGUUGAUUUAAUCCGGUAAUUACGUAAAUGGAAAGCACAGGCUUCCGCAAUUCCGGUGCUGUCGAAGAAAUUGGCAGCAGCAUACAGUACGACUAUGCGAAGGAUGACUUUAUUGGGAGGGGAGCGUUUGGAAUAGUUUACAAAGCCAAAGUCAGAAAAGCACUUUUACGAUUCCGCACUCCGUCCGAGCCAGAUUUCGUAGCCGUCAAAGUGAUGCAUGUCGCAAUUAAUUCUGGAAUCGCUGCCGAUCAGGAAAACUGGAUGACCGCUGUGAAGAGAAUGAGACAACUUCCAGGGCUGAAGCACAAACAUAUCGUACGGUAUCACAAGGUUUCCAUCACACAAACUUCCGGUGGAGUGACAGUGAAGCUGGCAAUGGAUUAUCAUAAAGGUGAUCUUGCGUCGUUUUUAAGGGAAGCUAAGGAAAACACGACGCUUUUAAACAAUUGGAGAAAAGUGAUUCCAUUCGCAGAGGACUUGGCCCAAGGACUUCAAUUUCUCCAUCAAAACGGUAUCAUUCACGGCGAUUUAAAGCCUGAAAAUAUACUUCUGAGCGUCUCGCAGAAUGGCAGCGAGAAACUGGUGAUUGGCGAUUUAGACGAUCUGGUGCAAAUGAAAGAAAGCGCCACCUGCUCUGCAGACAUUUCCCAGCUACGAGGCACACUGCGCUAUAUGUCGCCGGAAAUGCUGAGGAAGUUCUCCCAACAAGAAGCAGAGCGCCCAGGACGAAAAACAGAUAUUUGGAGCCUGGGCUGCAUCAUUUUGGAGAUGGCCGAAAGCUAUGCACGUGUACCCAAGAAACAACUCGUAAAGGAUGGGAAUAUCGUCGAUGCGGGAAGCGCUCUUGCAAAUUACCAGUAUGCGAGCUUGAUAAUCGACGGUUACAUCCCAUCUGUGAGCGACGACAUUGAGCACAAUUUAGCGAGGCUCAUUCGACAGUGUGUGGAUGCAAGUAGCGCAAAUCGAUUAUCCGCCGGAGAAUUACUGAAGAAGUGUUACGUAAUGGACUUUUUUGUGUAUGAUUAAUAUACUUACUCAUUUAGACUUUGUCAUCUGUUGCACUUUUGCCUAUUUAUACCGCUUCUUUACGCUACUCACACACAUUACUUUCAUUCCUACUUUUCUGCUCUGCCUUAUUUCUUACUUUGUCGUAUAAUUAAUAAACACACUACUACGCGGA